AUGGUUAUGAAACCUGAAGUUGAACAAGAAUUGGCUCACGUUUUACUUACUGAGUUGUUGGCUUACCAAUUCGCUUCUCCAGUGAGAUGGAUUGAGACUCAGGAUGUUCUGCUAAAGGAUUUCAACACUGAAAGAGUCGUUGAAAUCGGCCCCUCUCCUACUUUGGCCGGUAUGGCCCAGAGAACCUUGAAGAACAAGUACGAGUCAUACGACGCUGCUUUGUCCUUGCAGAGACAGGUUCUAUGCUACUCCAAGGACGCUAGAGAGAUAUACUACACAGCCGACCCAGCUGAAAUUGAGCCAAAGGAAGAGCCAAAGGCUGAAGAAGCUGCCGCUCCUGCCCCAGCUGCUGCCCCAGCUGCCACUCCAGCUCCAGCUCCAGUUGCUGCCCCAGCCCCAGCUGCUGCCGCUGCCGAUGUCCCAGAUGAGCCAGUAAAGGCUUCUUUGCUAUUGCACACCCUGGUUGCUCAUAAGUUGAAGAAAUCACUAGACCAAGUGCCAAUGUCCAAGACUAUCAAAGACUUGGUCGGUGGUAAGUCCACUGUUCAGAAUGAAAUCUUGGGUGAUCUGGGUAAAGAAUUCGGUACCACACCAGAAAAGCCAGAAGACACCCCAUUGGAAGAGCUGGCUGAAACUUUCCAGGAUACUUUCUCUGGUGCUUUAGGUAAACAAUCUACUUCUCUAUUAUCAAGAAUGGUCUCAUCCAAAAUGCCUGGUGGUUUCAACAUGACUUCUGUCAGAAAAUACUUGCAAUCCCGCUGGGGUCUCGGUCAAGGCAGACAGGACUCUGCUUUACUGGUUGCUUUAAGCAACGAACCAGCAUCUCGUCUAGGUGCAGAGCCAGAUGCAAAGACUUUCUUGGAUGCCCAAGUCCAAAAGUACGCACAAAUUUCCGGUUUGGAUCUUUCUGCAGCUUCAAGCUCAGCAUCUGCUGGUGGUGCCGGCGCUAGCGCUAGUGGUGCUACCAUUGAUGCUGCAGCUCUGGAAGAAAUUACCAAAGAUCACAAGGUUUUGGCUCGCCAACAAUUGCAAGUCCUUGCUCGUUAUUUGAAAAUGGACUUGAACAACGGCGAGAGAAAGUUCUUGAAAGAAAAGGACACUGUUGCAGAAUUACAAAGUCAACUGGAUUACAUUACAAACGAAUUGGGUGAGUUCUUUGUUAAUGGUAUUUCUACUUCAUUUUCAAGAAAGAAGGCUAGACAAUUCGACUCUUCAUGGAACUGGGCCAGACAAUCUCUACUUUCAUUGUACUUUGAGAUUAUUCACGGUGUUCUAAAAAACGUCGAUAGAGAAGUUGUCACCGAAGCAAUCAACAUCAUGAACAGGUCAAAUGAAACAUUGAUUAAAUUCAUGGAAUAUCAUGUCUCUAAAACAGAUGUAUCGAAGGGUGAGAACUAUAAGUUGGUUAAGGAAUUGGGUGACCAAUUGAUUGAAAACUGUAAGCAAGUUCUUGAUGUUGACCCUGUUUAUAAGGAUGUCAGCAAGCCAACUGGUCCAAAGACUACGAUUGAUAAGAAUGGUAACAUUAAGUAUUCUGAAGAACCAAGAGAUAAGAUUAGAAAGUUUUCUCAAUAUGUUCAAGAAAUGGCUUUGGGUGGUCCACUAACUAAAGAAGAUCAACCAACUAUUCAGGAGGACUUGACUCGUGUUUACAAGGCCAUCAGCAGCCAAGCUGCUGAACAAGACGUCACUGAGGCAACCCGUGCUGAAUUUGAAAAGUUAUACAGCGAUCUAAUUCAAUUUUUGAAAACAUCCAAGGAAAUUGAUGCUCAACAGACCACUCAAUUGGCUGGUAUCGUUGAUGACGCUUUAGACAAGGACUCAACUAGAGAAGUCGCAUCAUUGCCAAAUAAAUCGACUAUUUCUACUGCUGUCUCCUCUACUAUUCCUAGACAGACUGUUCCAUUCUUGCAUUUGAGAAAGAAGGCACCUUCAGGUGAGUGGAAAUAUGACCGUCAUUUGUCUUCCCUAUUUUUGGAUGGUUUGGAGAGAGCCACAAUUAAUGGUGUUACAUUCAAUGACAAAUAUGUAUUAAUUACCGGUGCAGGUCAAGGCUCCAUCGGUGCUGAAGUUCUGCAAGGUCUGCUUCAAGGUGGUGCAAAGGUUGUUGUGACUACUUCUCGUUUUUCCAAGAAAGUCACAGACUACUAUCAAUCAAUGUACGCAAAGUUUGGUGCCAGAGGAUCAACUUUGGUUGUUGUACCAUUCAACCAAGGUUCUAAACAAGAUGUUGAAGCUUUGAUUGACUACAUCUAUGACGAUGAGAAGAAUGGUGGUUUAGGUUGGGAUUUGGAUGCUUUUAUUCCAUUUGCAGCCAUUCCUGAAAACGGUAUUGAGCUUGAAAAUAUCGAUUCUAAGUCAGAAUUUGCUCACAGAAUCAUGAUGACUAACAUUUUGAGAAUGAUGGGUUGUAUUAAAAAGCAAAAAUCUGCGAGGGAAAUCGAAACUAGACCAGCCCAAGUUAUAUUGCCUAUGUCUCCAAAUCAUGGUACUUUUGGUGGUGACGGUUUAUACUCUGAAUCUAAGUUAUCUCUAGAAACUCUAUUCAAUAGAUGGCAUUCUGAAUCUUGGGCUAACCAAUUAACUGUCUGUGGUGCAGUGAUUGGUUGGACAAGAGGUACUGGUUUGAUGACUGCCAAUAAUAUUAUUGCAGAAGGUAUUGAAAAAAUGGGUGUCCGUACUUUCUCUCAAAAAGAGAUGGCCUUGAACCUGCUUGGUUUGAUGAUCCCAGAAAUUGUUGAAUUGUGUCAAAAGUCUCCUGUUAUGGCUGAUCUAAAUGGUGGUCUACAGUACCUAACUGACUUGAAAGAAUUUACAGCUAAAUUGCGUAGAGAAUUGACUGAAACCUCUGAAAUCAGAAAAGCUGUUUCUAUCGAAACCGCUUUAGAACAUAAGAUUGUCAACGGUAACAAGGCAGAUGAAGCCUAUGCCAAGGUUGAGGUUCAACCAAGAGCCAACAUUCAAUUAAACUUCCCAACCUUGAAGAAUUACAAGGACAUCAAAAAGAUCGCUAAAGAGGAACUUGAAGGUAUGCUAGAUCUUGAAAGGGUUAUUGUUGUUACAGGUUUUUCAGAAGUUGGUCCAUGGGGUUCUUCCAGAACAAGAUGGGAAAUGGAAGCUUUUGGCGAAUUUUCACUUGAAGGUUCUGUAGAAAUGGCCUGGAUGAUGGGUAUGAUCAAGUACCAUAACGGUAAUCUAAAGGGCCGUCCUUACACUGGAUGGGUCGACGCAAAGACCAAUGAACCUGUUGAUGACAAGGAUAUAAAAGCUAAAUAUGAAUCCAAAAUAUUGGAACAUAGUGGUAUUAGAUUAAUUGAACCAGAAUUGUUCCAUGGUUACAAUCCAGAAAAGAAGCAAAUGAUUCAAGAAGUUAUUGUUGAAGACGAUCUUGAACCAUUUGAAGCAUCAAAGGAAACUGCUGAACAAUUUAAGCACGAGCAUGGCGAUAAGGUUGACAUUUUUGAGAUUCCUGAAACAGGUGAAUACUCUGUUAAGAUUUUGAAGGGCGCUACUUUGUAUAUUCCAAAGGCUCUAAGAUUUGAUCGUUUGGUUGCUGGUCAAGUACCAACUGGUUGGAACGCCAAAACUUAUGGUAUUUCUGAUGAUAUCAUUUCUCAAGUUGAUCCUAUCACAUUGUUUGUUUUGGUUUCAGUUGUCGAAGCUUUCAUCACUUCAGGUAUUUCAGAUCCAUACGAAAUGUACAAAUAUGUUCACGUAUCUGAAGUUGGUAAUUGUUCUGGUUCCGGUAUGGGUGGUGUUAGCGCACUUCGUGGUAUGUUUAAGGACCGUUACAAAGAUAUGCCGGUUCAAAAUGACAUUCUACAAGAAUCAUUUAUCAACACUAUGUCUGCUUGGGUUAAUAUGUUGUUAAUAUCAUCUUCUGGUCCAAUCAAGACACCAGUCGGUGCUUGUGCUACCUCAGUUGAAUCUGUUGACAUUGGUGUUGAGACAAUUCUUUCUGGUAAGGCUAAGAUUUGUAUUGUUGGUGGUUAUGAUGAUUUCCAAGAAGAAGGUUCUUAUGAAUUUGGUAACAUGAAAGCUACUUCUAAUACUCUUGAAGAAUUUGAACAUGGCCGUACCCCUGCUGAGAUGUCUCGUCCAGCUACAACAUCUCGUAAUGGGUUCAUGGAAGCCCAAGGUGCUGGUAUCCAAGUUAUUAUGAAUGCAGACCUAGCUCUAAAGAUGGGUGUUCCAAUUUAUGGUAUUGUAGCUCUAACAGCUACUGCCACUGACAAGAUUGGUAGAUCCGUGCCAGCUCCAGGUAAGGGUAUUUUGACAACUGCUAGAGAACACCAUGGUGCAAUGAGAUUCCCAACACCAAUGAUGGAUAUCAAAUACAGAAAGCGCCAACUUGUCUCACGUGAAAAGCAAAUCAAGCAAUGGGUUGAGGAUGAAUUAGAAAUGACUAAAUAUGAAGCAGAAGGUCUCUCUGAUUCUGAAAGAAAUGCAUUCUUUGCUGAACGUUCUGAAGAAAUUAAGAAGGAAGCACAAAGACAAUUGAAAUCGGCUCAAGCCCAAUGGGGUAACGAGUUUUUCAAGAAUGAUCCACGUAUUGCUCCAUUGAGAGGUUCGCUAGCUGCAUUUGGUUUGACAAUUGAUGACCUUGGUGUUGCUUCUUUCCACGGUACCUCUACUAAAGCCAAUGAUAAGAAUGAAAGUGCUACCAUCAAUGAAAUGAUGAAGCACUUGGGUAGAUCUGAGGGUAACCCAGUUAUUGGUGUUUUCCAGAAGUUCUUGACCGGCCAUCCAAAGGGUGCCGCUGGUGCUUGGAUGUUGAAUGGUGCUAUUCAAAUUUUGAACAGUGGUAUUGUUCCUGGUAACCGUAACGCUGAUAAUGUUGACAAGUUAUUGGAGCAGUUUGACUACGUCUUAUACCCAUCAAAGUCUAUCAAGACUGAUGGUAUUAAGGCUGUUUCUGUAACUUCAUUUGGUUUUGGUCAAAAGGGUGCUCAGGCUGUUGUAAUUCAUCCAGACUAUUUGUACGCUGCUAUUGAUGAAGGUAGAUAUAAUGAAUAUGCUGCUAAGGUGACUGAAAGAGAAAAGGCUGCUCACAAGUUCUUCCACAAUGGUAUGAUUUACAAUAAACUGUUUGUUAGUAAAGAGCAUGCACCAUAUGACGAUUCCUUAGAGGAAAAGGUUUAUUUGGACCCAUUAGUCCGUGUUGAAAAUGAUAAGAAGAGUGGGGAACUAAAGUUUUCAUCGAAGGGUAUUCAGAAGCACGACACUUACUUGAGUGAAAGCGCCAAGAAGACAUCUGAAAUGAUUUCGGGUUCUUUGAAGGAGGAAACUAAAAAUGUUGGUGUCGAUGUUGAGCUAAUCGCAAGUAUCAAUAUUGAUAACGAAACAUUUAUUGAAAGAAACUUCACCUCAGAAGAAGUAAAAUACUGUUCCUCUCAGCCAUCUGCUCAGAGUUCAUUUGCUGGUACUUGGUCUGCUAAGGAGGCCGUAUUCAAGAGUCUAGGUGUAAAGUCUCGCGGUGCAGGCGCUCCUAUGAAGGAAAUCGAAAUCCUACGUGAUGUAAACGGUAAACCAACAGUUACUCUUCAUGGUGAGGCUAAGAAACUUGCUCAAAAAGAAAGUAUCAAGGCUGUUUCCGUUUCUAUCUCUCAUGAUGACUUCCAAAGUAUCGCUGUAGCAAUUGCUAACAAAUAA